AACAAGUUUUACUUGGGCCCUUGCAAAAAGAGACACAUAGAGACUUUGAGGGACCAGUACUUCGAAGCUCGAAAGCAAAAGAGAUAUGGAUUUGAAGAACUGGCGGUUCAGCUGUGCAGGGCUUUGGUGGAGGAGGCGGAUAAGAAAGUGCAAACCGCCCAGAUGCGCGUCGAUUGGGCGUCGCUUCCGGGAGUGGAAAAUGUCAAGUCUGUACACCCCGAGGUGUUGCGGCUGGACCAGGCCAUUGCUCAGAAGUUCAAAGAGAUGGAAGACCUCGGGAAGCUCGGCCGCAUUGACCAGUCCAUGGGGGUUUCUUUGGAAUUAACUUCUUUGCAAACCCGAAGAGCAAAACUCCUUUUCAGAAAUGCUGAGGGGCAGCUGACGCAAAGACUGAGGCCUUGCGACGUUUGCGGGGCCUUGCUUUCAGCAAACGACACGGACCGGCGGCUGGACGAACACUUCUCGGGGCGAGUUCAUUUAGGGUUUCAAAAACUCCGAGAUGCUUUGAAGAAGAACUUGGAGUAUAUAGCGCAGGCCCCCAUGCCGGACCAGGACUUGUCCAGAAUUCUCAUCAACAUGCAGGAGCAGGAGCAGGUGUUCAAGCAGCUGCAGGCGCAAGAGGGAGACAACUUCGACAUUGGGAGUGUCUUUGCUGCAGCACAGAAGACGCAGCAAGAUUUGUUUGGACUGCAUCAGCAGCAGAAGCAGAAGCAGCAGCAGCAGCAAAAGGAAGCAGACAAGGAGGAGCAGCAGAAGCUGCAGCAGCAGCUGCGGCAGCAGCUGCUCAAGCAGAAGCAGCAGCAGCCCAUCCCUGACUUCCUCCUCAAGCAGCGGCAGCAGCAGCAGCAGCAAACUGAAAGAGGCACUGACAGGAGAAGUCCCAGCAUUACAAGAGAAGCAUGUCCUGCUGCAGCAGCAAUUGCUGCUGCUGUUGCUCGCACGCGGUCCAAGGCCCGCAGCAGCAGCAGGAGCCGCAGCAGGAGCAGCAGGAGCAGCAGCAGGAGCAGCAGCAGGAGCAGCAGCAGCAGGAGCAGCGACAGCGCCAGCGGAAGCAGCCGCAGCAGCAGGAGCAGCAGCAGGAGCAGCAGCAGAAGCAGCAGCAGAAGCAGCAGGAGCAGAAGCACCAGCAGAAGCAGCAGGAGCAGCAGCAGAAGCAGCAGCAGAAGCAGCAGCAGGAGCAGCAGCAGAAGCAGCAGCAAACGCCCCGCCAACCAACCCGCAGACAAGGUGGAGCCACAGAUCAACAGCAGCAGCAGCUGCAGCACCAACAGCAGCAGCAGCAGCAGCAACGGCAGCAGCAAGCUGCUCGCAGCAGCAGAAGCGGCUGCUCCAAAAACUACCCAGAAUGCUGCUGAGAAGCCGCUUGCCAGCAGCAGCAGCAGCAGCAACAGCAACAGCAAGCCAAGCAGCAGCAGCAGCAGCAGCAACGGCAGCGGCAGCAAGCCAAGCAACAGCGGCAGCAGUGGCAGCAGCAAGCAAAGCAGCGGCAGCAGCAGCAGCAGCAGCAGCAAACCAAGCCGCAGCGAAGAGAACAAGGAAAGCAGCAAGAGCAGCAAACCUACCACUGGCAGCAGCAACAGCAGCAAACCCAGCAGCAGCAGCAGCAGCAGCAAACCAAGCAGCAGCAGCAGCAGCAGCAAACCAAGCAGCAGCAGCAGCAGCAGCAGCAAAUCAAGCAGCAGCAGCAGCAGCAGCAGCAAAUCAAGCAGCAGCAGCAGCAGCAGCAAACCGAGUAGCAGCAGCAGCAGCAACAGCAGCAAACCGAGUAGCGGCAGCGCCAGUGGCAGUGGCAAGCGGAGCAGUGACAGCAGCAGCAGCAGCAGCAAGCCAAGCAGCAGCAGCCACAGCAGCAAAUCGAGCGGCAGUAGCAGCAGCAAACCAAGCAGCAGCGGGAGCAGCAGCAGCAAGCCAAGUAGCAGCAGCAGCAGCAAAUCAGGCAGCAGCAGCAGCAGCAAACCCAGCAGCGGGAGCAGCAGCAGCAAGCCGAGCAGCAGCAGCAGCAGCAGCAGCAAAUCGGGCGACAGCAGCAGCAAGAAGCGUGUUGCAUCGGAAGAAAAGAGCAGCAGCUCAAAGAAGCCUCGUGAAUCCAGCAGCAGCAGCAGCAAACAUAGCAGCAGCAGCAGCAGCAGGAAGCCAGUCAGCAGCAGCGACCGGCAGCACUGA